UCAUACAGAGCGUGGGAUGAAUGUUGGGAUUCUGGAUAUCUUUGGAUUUGAGAACUUCCGGAGAAAUUCCUUUGAGCAGCUCUGCAUAAACAUUGCCAAUGAGCAAAUCCAGUACUAUUUCAACCAACACAUUUUUGCACUUGAACAGAUGGAAUAUCAGAAUGAAGGAAUUGAAGCUGCAAUAGUGGAAUAUGAAGACAAUCGACCUCUUCUGGAUAUGUUUCUUCAGAAACCAAUGGGAUUGCUUUCUCUCCUUGAUGAAGAAAGCAGAUUUCCUCAGGCAACAGACCUGACAUUAGUUGAUAAAUUUGAAGAUAAUCUGCGAUGUAAAUAUUUCUGGAGGCCUAAACGAGUGGAGCUCUGCUUUGGCAUUCAGCACUAUGCUGGAAAGGUUUUAUAUGAUGCUUUUGGCUUCCUUGAGAAGAAUAGAGACACGUUACCUGCUGACAUCGUCAUGGUCCUAAGAACUUCAGAGAACAAACUUGUUCAGCAGCUCUUUUCUAUUCCAUUAACCAAAACAGGUAACUUGGCUCAGACAAGAGCAAGAGUGACAGCAGCAUCUAAGUCUUUGCCUCCUCAACUCAGUGCUGGGAGAGUCAAGGUGGAUACUCUAGAGGUGAUGCGGCAUCCAGAAGAGACUACUAACAUGAAGAGACAAACUGUAGCUUCUUACUUUCGGUAUUCACUGAUGGAUCUGCUCUCCAAAAUGGUGAUUGGACAGCCUCAUUUUGUGCGCUGUAUCAAACCCAACGAUGACCGAGAAGCCCUGAGGUUCUCCAGAGAGAGAGUACUAGUCCAGCUUCGUUACACUGGAAUUCUAGAAACUGCUAGUAUCCGCCAACAGGGGUACUCCCACCGCAUCCUCUUUGAAGAGUUUGUGAAAAGGUACUAUUAUUUGGCAUUUAGAGCCCAUGAGUCACCACUUGCUAACAAAGAAAGUUGCAUUGCUAUCUUGGAAAAGUCCAAACUAGACCACUGGGUGUUGGGGAAAACAAAGGUUUUUCUCAAGUAUUACCACAUAGAGCAGUUAAAUUUGCUGCUUCGAGAAGUUAUAGGCAGGGUGGUGGUCAUACAAGCUUAUGCCAAGGGGUGGCUUGGAGCUAGAAGAUAUAAGAGAGUUAAAGAGAACAGAGAAAAAUGUGCUGUUACCAUCCAAUCAGCUUGGAGAGGAUAUGAUGCUCACAGGAAGUUUAAGAAAAUAAGCAACAGAAGAAGUGAGGCUGCUGCUCAUAUUCAAGCAGUUUUUAGGGGUUAUCUUGUCCGCAAAAACAAUACAGGCUCCCAAAUCCUCCAUGGCUAUGAAGAAAGUAGAGACCCCACAAGCACUUGUUUUCCUUUGACUGGAAACCCUAAUGGAAGCUGGCGACAGCUUGCACAGAAUUCUCCCAAGGAGUGUGAUGUUCUCCACCAGCAAAUAAACAAGCAUGCAGUCUUAAGGGAUGAUUUACUACAGUCUACUUGGAUAUCUGCUGCUUCUCCAGAUCUUCAAUUGUCAUGUCCUAAGGAAGUCUCACAAAAACCAGGUAAGAAGUGUCCUGAAAAAUAAGGGUACUGCUCUCAGUAUUAAUAAGCUAUACAUUGCCUGUCCUAUUUGUAUGUUUGUUUAUUUAUUAAUGACUUGUUUCCAGCAGUCCU